AUGGAUAACCAAAUAUGUUCGAGGUUUAAUACAUUGAGAACAUUUUUACCAGAUGACUUAAACAACUCUACAAGUAAAGAUAUUAAUAAAUUAGGGAAUGCUAAGAAUUAUUGUCCUAAAGAUGGUUCAGAAAAUAAAUGUGAAACUGAGGCUGAUAAAAUAAAUGCUGGAUUUCUAUGGUUGUUCGAGCAAAAUAUUAUUAAUAGGAUUAGUGAUUUUAGUGGUUCUAGUGAUGAGAAACAUAAAAUGUUUAUUAUAUACAUUAUGUUAUGGUUAAAUUAUAUGUUAAGCCUAAAGAAAGAUAACAAAAUCAAAAACAUAAAUGAUUUUUAUGAAGUGCAUAUAAAGGAUAAUACGCAUUAUACUAAAUGUACUAAAAAUGAUAAAAAUUGUAGUGAUUCAUUAAAAGAUAAAACGGGAUAUAAUAAUUUUAAGGAGUUCAUAGAAGCAAACAAAUGUUUGAUGAAUAAUGGUAUUGAUAAUGUGUCUAAUUUGUAUGCUGGAUUUAAAUCAUUAUGUAACAUGUAUUCUGAAAUUGAUGCAAACGAUAGAACAAGUAAAAAUUAUUUAGUAAAAGCUAAUGAAUUUGUUAAAAAAUAUGAUGAACUUAACAAACAUCCUAAUAUUACUAAAGAUAGUCCUUAUUAUCAAGUAUUGUCUACAUUAUCAGAUGAUUAUAAUAAUUUUAAAACUUAUUGUAAAAAUAAUAAAAAUGAUUGUAGCGAUAUUCAACCCCUUUCACCGAUAAACAUAAAAGAAAAUAGUUUACAAGAUUCUGGACAUGAUCAAGUACAAAAUUCUGGAGCUACAUCAUCAAGUCUGUCGAUAACAAACAAAUUAAUUCCAGUUUUAUCGAUAAUUGGUGUAAUAGGAUUUCUUUUAGGAAUUUCUUAUAAGUAUUCAUUAUUUGGAUUUCGGAAACGAUCUCAAAAACAACAAAUAAGAGAAAAGCUAAAAAAAUAA